UGCAACAUUGACCACAAGACAAACAUGGCGACUUGCAUCGGCAUGGUGGUCAGAGUUGGAGGGACUGCACUGAAGGUGUUAAAGCCGGUAGCCGGGCAGUGUGCAAGGCAGAGUGUGUUCAUCCCGCAUCGCUUUUCGCACGGAGCCCGGAGCAGUUUGUACGAGCAUGUCCGUGAGGGUUAUAGUGACAAGCCCGAGCUGGACAUGACAGCAGUGUGCGAGGAGACCGACAAAGUCAUAGCAAAUGUAGAGAGCAGGAAGGGUGACCUGCGAGGGGACGAUGUCAGGAAAAUUGUGUGUGUGUGGCAGGAGCUCCAGGCAGUGAGGACAGAAAUCUCUGGGCUGGAGGAGCAGAAGAGACACGUCGGUGAAACAGUCAAAGCUCUAGUGGCCAAGAAUGACAAGAAAGCCCUCGCCAAUCUUCCAGAGUACACCCAGGCUCUGCAGAAGGGUCGAGAGAUCCGCAACAGACUGAAUCAACUCUACCCCAAAGAGACUGAGCUGGAUCGGGAACACUAUGGACGAGCGCUCAGACUGCCCAACACCACACACCCCGAUGUGCCAGUUGGAGAUGAGAGUCAGGCAAGGGUGGUGGAGCUGGUUGGACAAAAACCAGAGUUUGACUUCAAGCCCAGAGGCCAUGUGGAGCUGGGGGAGGAGCUGGGUCUCAUCAGGCAGAGACAUCUAGCUCAUGUCUCAGGCCACAGGUCCUACUAUCUGAGAGGAGCGGGGGCCCGACUUCAGACUGCACUCCAAAACUUUGCCCUUGACACACUGCAGCAACGGGGCUUCAUCCCCAUGGUUGUACCUGACAUGCUGAAAGGGGCAGUAUUUGAGGGUUGUGGAAUGCAGCCCAACGCCCAUCGCUCUCAGGUCUAUUCACUGGACCCGGCCCGUUUCCCAGAUCUCAACCUGGCUGGGACUGGAGAGGUCGGGGUGGCAGGCUAUUUCAUGGAUCAUGCAGUCAACUGGAAGGACCUGCCUGUCAGGACGGUGUGCAGCAGCACCUGCUACAGAGCAGAGACAGACACGGGCAGAGAGACAUGGGGGCUCUACAGAGUACAUCACUUCAACAAGGUAGAGAUGUUUGGAGUGACAGCCAGUGAGACGGGAGAAGAGAGCACUCGGCUGCUGGAGGAGUUUGUCUCUUUGCAGAAAGAGAUGUUCUCUGCACUGGAACUACACUACAGAGUGCUGGACAUGCCGACACAGGAACUGGGGCCUCCAGCACACAGGAAGUACGACAUUGAAGCAUGGAUGCCUGGGAGGAACAGCUAUGGAGAGAUUUCCAGCGGGUCCAACUGUACAGACUACCAAAGCAGACGCCUGAACAUCCUGUAUGAGAGAGAGGAUGGCAGCCUGCAGUACGCCCACACAGUGAAUGCCACAGCAUGUGCCAUCCCCCGAACCAUCAUCGCUAUCCUGGAGACUCACCAGACCAAAGCGGGAACAGUACUUGUCCCCCAGGCCCUGCAGCCUUAUUUGGGUCUAGAAGUGAUCGAGAAGCCAAAGUACGCUCCACUGAAAUACAUCGGACCCAAUCAGCACAGUCGACCAUCCAGGCCUGCUCCCAAGACCAGAUGACACAAAUUUAAGUGUAGUGCUGUAAAGCCAGCCAUCGUCCACAAACACUAGUCCACCAAUAACAGCCAGUUCAUAUUCAGCAACACCAAGUCAGAGAGAAGCAGAUUUUUACCACACAUAAGGAUGUUUCAUACAUUAUGUUGUAUAUCUGCUUACAAGUUAAUAAUAGCCAUUGUUCUUCAAAUUCAUUGAAAUAUUGACUUUUUGUGUUCAGUUUGAAUUGAUAGCAUCAAUGUUUUGAGGCGAUGGAUGAAGCUUGCAUUACUGUCACUGUAAAUAUAGCCUAUUUGUGUCUUACUGUAUUUUGUGAAUGUAAGCCUGAAUGUGUGUUGACCAGCUCACGCGGAGGACCAUAAUAAAGAUAUGUGUUUAAUUUCUGUC